UCAUAUCAAUCAUCGGAGGUUGGAAAUUAAUUAUUGGUCAUUACAGAUAGAGAUAUAUGGGUGUGGAGGGUGCAGUUAAGGUUGUAAUUAUCGAGACUCAGUAUGUCGAAACCGACGCUCUCAGCUUCAAGUCCGUCGUCCAAACCCUCACCGGAAACCACGCCGCCGCCGCCAAUCGCCCGCUGCCGCCCACCAUUCCCCCACCAAUGCAGCCACAGCCGACGGAGGCGGCAUCGUUCUUCGAUCUGCCGCCGGUACUAGACGGCGGCGUUCAAGACGAUCAAUUCCGCCACCUUUUCUUUAUGCAGUUUUAAUUUAGUUUAAUUAAGUUGCAUGAAUUAAUGCAUGCAAUUUGAUUAAUUAAUUCUUGCUUUCCUUUCCCUUUUUUCUCGUUUUGUUUUUGUAGA